AUGCUCAAUUUAUCAAAAAUGUCAUUUUUAUCGAAAAUAAAGAGGUCUCGAAUAAAAUUGACUACUAGUAUCAGGUCUCCUCAAACUUUAAUAACAACACAAUCAGAAACAACUCUUUCCUCACCAUCAUCGGUAUCAGCCACAUUCAAUUCAACUACAACUUUACAGAAUGACGACGAUCCAAUAUUGAAAAAUUUAAAUCCUCAACAAUUACAAGCAGUCACAUGUGAUAAUAAUCAAUCAACAUUGGUUUUAAGUGGAGCGGGUAGCGGUAAGACACGUGUAUUAACGACACGUAUUGCCUAUUUGAUUCGCGAACAUUCUGUUAAACCAGAUGAAAUAUUAGCCGUAACAUUCACGAAUAAAGCAGCGUUAGAAAUGAGAGGACGAAUUACAAAAAUGUUAAUUAAUAUUCGAUUAAGUGACAUGUGGUUAGGUAAGCCAAAACAAAUUGCUAUCUAGUAGAUGUAAGGGUUGAGAACUUGAGCAAAAUCUGCUGCUCUUGAAACAAAUAUUUGUCUUGUAUUAUUUAUUUGUCAUUU